AUGGAGUCAAGUAAUCAAGACGAUAUUUUGCGAAACGCAGUGCGUCAAAACUUAGACAAAUGGCUGCAAAAAUUAGAUUGUUCUAGGGACGUUGAAAAAAAGUUGCAGUAUAAAUUAAAGUUUGUAGAGAAGCUUCGUACCUCGCCAGUAGCAGUUGAGACCGAACGGGCGAACGAGCAACACUAUGAAGUACCCACCGACUUUUUUAGAACCGUGAGUUGCAUUAUUAUUCUAAGAGGGAAGGUUUGAGAAAAUAACUUAGCCUGAAAAUGCCAAAUAAGCUCAAAUGUAUUUAUACAUGGGUAUAGCUCAAGGAGAAUUUUCUCCUUGUGAAUAGUCGGCGACCGCAGAGGUAUUUUUGGUCGUAGCUAACACGCGUACUAAAUCAGUUCAGAAACAAAUAAAAAGUAUUGACGUACUAGAUAAAGUAGGGAGUAAAAAAACUUUUGCGAGUAAAUCAUGUUUCUUGUAAAAUUAAUCGCCUCCUCAUGUCUCGAUCUAAUAUCCAAGCAGGCGAGACCUGAAUGCCACUGUAAGCGCGUUCUUGUUACCGAGAAAAGAACAUAGAUACAUUAGUAACAUAACAGAUGUUGCAUCAAAGAGAUAAUCUAGAAAGAGAAUUGAGCCAUGUGAUCAUAACUCAUCUGGGAAGCUUACUUGAGGCCCGGGUAGGUACUUUAGGAACUUUUGGGUGGGGAUGUGCUGCUGAGUCCCUGGAACCCUUAGCCUAUACCAGAGCUCGUUCAAGUGAAUUUUGCUACCCUAUACCAGGGACCGCGGAGCAAGGUGAAAAGUGGGAGGGCUGACAAUUAAAAAUAAUUUUUUCAUAUUGAAAAUCGAAAAAAGGAAUAAAAUAAUAGUAUUUGAUUUGUUUCUGUCGCGUGACUUUGCAUGCUUUAUCCAGUAUUUGUAGCUCUCUAUAGGUCGGCAUUAGUGAAGAGACCGAAAUUCUUCAUACGAUUUUCAUUCCGUCCAGCAAAUGUGUUUGCGAUCUGAAUCACGUCCAAGCUAUUGAAAUGCUUACUGGUCAAACUCAAACUCACGAUUUUCACUGCAAGUAGUUGUCGUCUUUUCUGCAGAGCUUACAGACUUUGACGAAGUCCCAGAUAACUCUAAUAAACGACCAACAUACACGGUCAGUUCAAAUUCAAUGCAAGAAAAGACGCGAUUACAAUUUUAGUAUAGAAAAUACUACACUGAAGUGAUCUGAAAAAUUUCUAACUAUGGCCGUUCACUGUUCAAGUAAUGUAAUUCUUCUUUCCAUCGAAUAUUUCAUUGAUUCGAAAGGAGAAAGACAAAAUAUAAAACUUUUAUCAACUCAAAACAACUACUCACCUUCGUUUGGCUUGAAAAAGCUAGUAAUUUUCUUCAUUUCGUCUGAUAAAACUGAUAAAAAACUCUGCCGGAGCUGGAAGUACAAAACACCCUGCUGAACGAAGCGAAGGGGUGGCCAAGGCAUGGCGUUUGAUCAAGGGGUAAGUCGGCCCCAGGGCACAAUUACCACGAAAAGCACAGGAGCCCCACAAAAUGCCUGGCGUUUGAAAUUAAAGAAAAUACAGAGAAUAUAGCGCAAUAUAGACGGAAAAAAAACUUGUUUCAAGUCUUUUUUAAAUUUUAAUUAUUAGUUUUUAGCGCUAAAAGUGGGGGCGGGGGAGCAAAAAAGUGGUGGGGCCGUGGCCCUACCAGCCCCUCCCCCUCCGCGGUCCCUGUAUACUAGACUAAACUACAGAGGUCACAAACACAGUCCAGCCAAAGCAAAACCGACUUGAUCUUUUCUUAUUUUUGAAUGGCAAUUCCCGGUUUCCCUAGUGUAGACUAAAGUCUUCAAUCAAUUGAUCAGUUUUGUGGAAAAUGAUACCCUAUUCUGGACCUAAACUCUCUGAUUUAUAUACCUUAUCCCAGUACCCCCGGACUUGAGGCAUGUUUUUAUCCUUGAUUAAACUAUAUUUCAGAGGAAAAUUGUUAAAACAACAUAUAAAAAAGUGAAAGUUUCUUCAUUAUUUUGGUAGGUUCUUGGGAGAAGACUCAAGUACAGUAGCUGCCUGUGGCCAGAAGAUGUCUCCACUUUAGAGGAAGGUUUGUUUGCUAAAGUUACAAAUGCAGUUCUUGACAGUAAGGGCUCAGGCAAUUGCUUUUUAGUGAAAAUGUAAGCGAAAGGACUUAUUGUUCAGUUUCAAUGAACAAACAGCUUGAGAAUAUGUCUUAAUACUAUGCAAACAAUGAAAUAUUGAAUGGUUGUCACCUUAUUCAUUAAUUACAGUAUUUACAGUCGAACCUUUCUAAUAUGGACACCGAAGAGGCGGAGUGAAGUGUCCGUAUUAGAGAGGUGUCUGUAUAAAAGAGGCAAUACGAUAACAUGACUUUUACGACUCCCCACUUACAGUCUUAAGUGUUCAGUGGCUAAAUCAAGCCUACUCUUUUCUUUAAACUGCACUUAAGUUUAUUCAUUCACAGUGCAAAGACACUGUCUUUCAGUAUCAUACAAAAUUAUAAAUAUCAGCUACGUAUGUACAUUCGUAGACAAAUCACUGUUUUAAAACAAAGCAAGCUACAGCACAAUGGUGCCUGUAAAAAAAUUGUGAUGUAAAGAACAAUUCUGAAAGCGUCUUUCGCUAUUUUGCAAGUGCAGUAAACAGUAACUAGAGUACAAAAUGUAAUAGAAAAGAUCUUUAUGCUAUCUGUAGUUUAUUCAACCCUUACAAAACUCGGGUAUGUUCCUCUGUACACCUUUCACAAAUCGUUGUUUCAUAUACAGCUACUGGGCUUUUGAAAUCAUACCUUAAAUAGCUCAUCAGCAAGAUGGGAUUAACCCUGUGCAGAUUCACCUGAUCACAGCAGUGUCCAUAAUAAAGAGGUUAAGUUUAUGUGAAUUUACACUCUAGGACCGACAUUUAGUGUCUGUUGUCCGUAUUAGAGAGAGUGCGUGUUAUAGAAUUUUCUUUUUUAAGAAAAUAUAUGAGAAUUUUGUCGUGAUAUUUUCUAUCCGUAAUAUUGAGGUGUCCAUAUUAGAGAGGUGUCCGUACCAAGAGGUUACACUAAAUUGAGGCCUGGGUCUUAAACAAUUCUGUUGAAGGACUAAAGCUAGACUAUGUUUGCCAUACCUUCAGUAUGACCAGGUCGACAUGACAUUGCUGGAGCCAGUGUGCUCCUUCUCAUCUUUAGUGGGUUGGUCACAACCUCCCACUUCCUGUACUCCGUACCCCAUUCUUCUGCCUCCCGUACCGUUUUGUCCCUUUAUCUCAUGACCCUCCCUGUAGCGAGACAGACAAGACACUGACACGACUGACACAGUCGAUACACGUGUACAUGUGUCAUGCCAUCUCAUUCAUGACCUAUGAUGUAAGUGACUUGGAAAGGUUUCCAAUUUCAAUGGAAGUAAUGCUGCUUUUUUUAUCCUAAGUAUGAAUUUUCAUUUUUUGAAUUUUCUCGCAAGUAAAAUUUUGCUUUAAGCCUUGGAGAAGGUAAAUGGAAGUCAAGAAAUGUUGUUGGGUUCAUUUCUUUGACUGGAUGAUAAGCAGUAGCAAAUAAUGAAAGCUGCCUUUUUGAAUUUCUCUUCUGCUUUCCGCCAUCAUAGAGAUCCCACUUCCCGCCCUUUCUUUUCCUGUCUCUUGUACCUCUCCCGUCCCCUGUUCUCCUGGGCUCCCCCCUGCCCCCCUCCCUUUAUAAACAGGAUUGUUGAUCUUAAUCUGCUGUCUCCAAAUAAUGUUACCCGAGUCUGGUUAAAAACAUAACACUUUGGAGUGACUUAUUAAUUUUAUAAUCAUUUCUCUGUCCAACCUGUUGCUAACUGUACCACCUCAUUUUGAUAUGAUUCUGUAUAAUUAAUUUACAGCGGAAGAUGCAAUGCUUAGGCUUGUCUGUGAGAGGGCCAAGGUAGAAGAUGGACAGUCACUUAUGGUAUGAAACAAUUUGAUGAAUGUGAAAGCUUAUUUACACUUUGCCAGCGUGACUUAAUGACGUAGUAAUUUGGACACUAUUUUUAAACUCAGUUUUUCCCAGUAAAAAUUAUACUUGGCCACUAGCAAGGUUUUUUGGAUAGUUUACCUACAUCUGAAGUAAUAAUACCGAUCAAUCCUAAUUGUAUGCCCUGCUAUGUUUUUUGGCGCCAUGGGUGCUGUUAUUUAAAUUGCUUGUAUUUGUGGGGGGUGGAAAUGGUAUCAUACAUAAAGAGUUUCUUCCAAAUUGCAUGUUAAUAUUACUGAAACAUGGAAGGGGGUUAAUUGUGGGGGAAUUUAUUAUAGUUUUCUUUAGUUUAUUAUUUUUGUUAGGUGGGUUGGCCUUUGACUGGAUGGGAGCAUGAAAUGGACUUUCUAUGACAUGAACUCAAAAGUAGUCUAAAAAUAACAGUAUUAGAAUAUUAGAAGCAAAUAAAAAAGAAUGUUUCUUUUGAUAGGACCUAGGAUGUGGCUGGGGAAGUCUAGCACUGUGGCUGUGUGAGAAGUACCCCAACUGUAAAGUAACUACUGUAUCCAACUCCAGCACACAGCAAGAAUGGAUUGAAUCUGAGGCUCGCAGGAAAGGCUUUAUUGAUAGGAUGACCUGCAUUAAGUCAGAUGCUAAUGUAUUUGACACUCACUUAAAAUUUGACAGGAUUAUUUCUGUUGAAAUGUUCGAGGUAGGAAGUGCACUCCACUUAUGAAUCUUCAUAGUUUAUCUCUUGUUAUAUUUCUUCGGAAGGUAAAAGUAAUGAGGUAAUGUAUAUUAUUAACCUUUUUAUUUUUUCUUUUGUCUUUUCAACUACUUGUGUCACUUAAGUAAUUUAUUUCCUCGUUGCUCGCCUUCUGACCCAUUAGAUUUGUCUCUCAAUUUUCUUCAUUUUCUUUAAUUUCGCAGCACAUGAAAAACUAUGAACAACUAAUGUCCCGAGUAGCCAGCUGGCUUAAACCGUUUGGUUACCUGUUUGUCCAAAUUUUAUGUCACCGUGAGUUUGCCUAUAACUUCAACACCAAGAAGAAUUCUGACACGGAAUGGAUGGCGCGAAAUUUUUUCAGCGGCGGUACCAUGCCUUCGUCAGAUCUGCUUCUAUACUUUCAAAAGGAUCUGUGUAUUGAGAAGCACUGGCAGGUUAAUGGAAAUCACUACGCGCGUACCUUGGAAGCUUGGCUUGUCAAAAUGGAUCAACACGAAAAUAAAGUGCGGCGCAUAUUUGAGAAAACAUACGGCAGCGAUCAAGUUGAUCAGCAAGUUUUCAAUUGGCGCAUGUUUUUUAUUUAUUGUGCUGAAGUAUUUGCAUUCAGGGGUGGUAACGAGUGGAUAGUUGCACAUUACCUCUUCCAAAAAAAGAUGAACAGUAGUUUGUAGCCAAAUCUUUGGUCUUUUGCAUGUAUUGUUUUAAAUAUAUUUGAACAAGGGAUGC